AUGUCCGAAACUCGAUUGUUUGGCUGUGAAUCGCUGCGUGCCGUCGGAUGCGGCAAAGCUGCAGGUGGAAACCCUCUCCAGUCUCCACACUCCAUCAUGUUCCCCUCCUUCUGCCGGCGGCGGUUCCUCCUCCGCAUCCCCGGCGAAGUCACAAACCUCCUACAGUCCAUCCAUGGAGCCCACAGCAGCUACUCCUCAACCGCCGGCUCCCGUGUACCCAGCUCCGAACUCUGCCCAGCCACCGUCUCCUACCUCAUCUCCAGUGGCCUCUCCCCCGCCGCCGCCGCCACCACGGCCACCACUCAAAGGAUCCGCAUCGUUUCCCCCGACAAGGCAGACGCCGUGCGCGCCCUCCUCAGAGACUACGGCUUCGCCGACGCGGACAUCGUCCGGACGGUGCGCAGCGCCCCGUCCAUCCUCGUCAACGACCCCGAACGGAUCCUCCGCCCCAAGCUCGACUUCUUCGCCGCCCUCCGCUUCGAGCCCCGCAAGCUCGCCACCGCGCCUUGCCUCCUCGUGCACAGCCUCGAGAAGAAUAUCGUCCCGUCCAUCCAGUUCAUCCGCGGCAUCGUCGGCAGCGACGACCAGCUCCGACGCGGCUUCUCCCGCGUCCCCUGGGCCCUCGCGGUGGACGUCGACAGAAGCAUGCGCCCCGCCGUGGAAGCCCUCCGCCGCUGCGGCCUCGCCGACGCGGCCAUCUCCAAGCUCCUCGUCAUCCAGAUGGGCGUGCUCAUGACGUCGCCGGAUCGCAUCAGCGAAAUCUUCCAGGAACUCAAGGCGGUCGGUAUGUGCACCUCGGACUCGCGCUUCCUCUACUGCUUCAGCGCGAUGUGCAGCCUUAAGAGGGGCGCGUGGCGGCGGAAGCUUGCAUUUUUCCAGAGCUUCGGGCUGUCGGAGGGUGAGGUGAUCAAGGCCUUCAAGACGCAGCCCAUGCUGUUUCUUUCCUCAGACGAGACCAUAAAAAAGAAGCUCCGGUUCUUGCUGGACGAGGUCAAGCUUGGAGUAAGCGAUGUGAUUGCCCAGCCUGUCAUUCUGGCCUAUAGCUUGGAGAAUUGCAUCCUGCCAAGGUGCGCCGUGCUGAGUGUGUUGAUGAAGGAGGGCAAGAUCCGCAGAGAUAUCAAGUUGCUUCCAGCAUUGCUUGGUAGUUCCACGGUUUUCUCGACCAGAUAUGUAGUGAGGCAUGCUGAUCAUGUGCCAGAUGUUGUUAAGGCGUACGAGGGUAAGAUCAAAUUCCAAGGAUUCAGACAUGACACAUGACUUAAUUAUCCAUCAUUCAGGAUUUGCACCAUAUGUAGUGAGGCAUGCUGCCGGAUGUUGUUAAGGCAUAUGAAGGUAAGAUCGAAUUUGAAGGGUUCAGACAUGACACAUAAUUUAGCAGCUGCCAUUAGCAUCAUGUAGCCAACUGAACUGUAGAAUCAUGGUAGAUGACGUUACUGUUCUCCAGGUUCCUUCAUCUGGUAUGGAGUUAAACUGGUUCUGCUAAUUUAUGUUCACUAAAUCGAUUGUUGCAACA